UAGACUUUCUAGUACCCCUGGUUUGUAAGAAAGUCGAUCUAGUUGUCCCACUAAAAUAAAUCAACAAAGCCAGAACUUACAAAACAAUAACUAUCUAGCCUUGGUCAACGCAUUCACUGCAACAAAAUGAAGGAAUACUUCAGGAAGAGCAUUGAUUUCGACGUCGAUCGCAGCCAGGAGCUGGGCGACUUUCGGACCUAUGGAUUCAUGAAGGCAGUCAGGUCGGACACCCCGAUCCCGGCGGCCCAGAAGAAGCUCAGUGCGACCACCCUGACGGAGAGGUUGCACUCGAUACACGGAAGGGUGUCGUUGAAUAUGAGCGAAAGCGAGGCGGGAUCAGGCGGACCCCCAUCCACUUUGGCCUCAGUGAUCUCCAUCCCGCGUCAGUCGAAAAUGCCCUCCUUCGAGAUGAAGCGGAAACAGUUUGACGAGGCCGAGUUCACCAUAACGCGAGGCAAGGUACUGAGUGACCAGACGCAUCCCGAAGACGCGGGCGAAACCAUUGCCUUUCGAGAUCCGGCCCACGCGAGUAUGGAAGAAAUCGAGGCGUAUUGCAACAGAAUGCACAUCAAGUUUGCCAAAUGAUGCGAUUACCUGUUAUAUAUUUUCGUAUUAUUCAGCAACCUUUAUUUCCUUUACCAUUAGUUAAAUCAAAUUUGUCUAGUUACCAGCAAACAAAGUGUCACCUAACAACUAACACGGCAGUUGGCAAUAUAUAAAUAUACAUAUACGCAACAAAAUGGGUCAUUACUUUAAGAAGGAUAUCGAUUUCGACGUUGAUCUGAAGAGGGAGUCGUUGGAUGGACGCACCUACGGAUUUAUGAAGACCCUGAGGUCGGACACGCCCAUUCCCAUGGCCCACAAGAAAAUCGGUUCUUCAACCCUGUUGACCAGGCUGAGAACGUGGCACGACACGGUCGUAACAAUUGAUGGUAGUGAUUCUGAAUCCUCGGGAGAACAGGGUUCUCUGGCCUCAGCGGCAUCGCCGAAUGGUCGAUCUCAUUCGUUGACUCCCUUCGAGAUAAAACGUAGGCUUUUUGACAAGGCCGAGUUCACGAUAACACGAGGCCAAACACUGAGUGAUAAUAUCCAUCCGACCCAUUCGAGAUCGAAAAUCAAUAUGAAAGAUACUGAAAUGGAUUAUAUGGAGGACUUGGAGGCGUACUGUCGCAAAAUGAACAUAAAGUUGGCCAAGUAAUCAACCAAUUUCCUACUUUGUGUACAGAUUCUAAGACUAUAAAUAAAGCUGAAGAUACUGUGUUAGGUAUUCUCCAUUUUAAAUUUGAA